CCCCCCUCCCCCUCCCGUUGGUGGUGAGGCAAAUCACGCGCGGCUUUAAAAGAAAUAAGAAACAAAAAAGGAUGUUUGACUUCAAAAGGCGAACGACCAGCAUCGUCACAAAGUUUAACCUUUAUUCCCGACUCGGACAACAGUUGGGAGCAUCAAAACUUUUGGAAGAAGACAACGAAGCAUCAACGACAUGUCUAUGACGGUGAAAGCUUACCUGCUGGGCGACGAUGAGGCUGUGAGGGAGAUUCGCAGGUUCACCGUGGACCCGGAAGUGGCCGAUACCACCUUCGAGUAUCUCAGCGGGAAAAGCUGUGAUGUGUUCUCCAGUCUGCGGGGCUCUGCCGUGAAAAUGUUCUACAGGGAUGAGGACGAAGACCUGGUGGAAUUCUCAACGGAUGAAGAGCUGAGGAUGGGCCUGGCCUGCAUGGAGCACAACACUUUACGUGUUUUCAUCAAAGAGAAGGACCCUCUUGAUGCCUUAGCCCCUCCCACCUUCAUCACCCUGCCCUCUCAGGCCUCUCUGCAUCCUAACGUGACGUGUGAGGCCUGUAACGGUCCCGUGGUGGGCGUCCGUUUCAAGUGCAGCAUCUGUCCCAACUACGACCUCUGCUCCGACUGCCAGGUGCAAGGGACGCACACUGAGCACGCUCUGCUGCCCAUUUCGGAACCGCAGAAGGAGGGCUGCAUGACUGGCUUUCUGACCAAGGCGCGUUCUAGAGUGUUCUUUGUCCUUGGCAGGUGUGGUUUCCUCGGGACCAGUAGAUGAGGAUAGUCCAGACACUUUGAAUGAAGUCUUUAUCAGGAGUUAUUCAGUUUUCUUCAAAUGGUCAAUAAAACUUUUGGAGACUGA